AUGCCGCUGAAAUCCAAUUCAUCAUAUAUUGCGGCAUGUAAGAUCUUCACCACCGAUGGAUGGAUAACAUUAACAUCGGUAUACAUUCCUCCGACAGUGAAAAGAAAGGAGAUUAUUACAUCACUGACCCAUUUAAUCCGAACCUCGACUGCUACUGAUCAAGAACAGAUUAUCUGCUGUGGUGACUUCAAUGGACGCUCAACUCAAUGGGGAGAUGAGAAAACUAAUGCAAAUGGGCUUCAAGUAGAGGAAAUGCUGGAAGCUAACCAGCUAGUUCCGGUAAAUCAUGGAAAACACCCAACCUUUAGUGCAGUGCGUUCAGGGGUUCUUCAUAAAAGUAUAGUGGAUCUCACCUGUGUCUCUCCCAACCUUCUAGCACAAUCGCACGAUUGGAAAGUAAGGGCGGACUCAUCGACAACUUCGGACCACUAUGCGAUCACGUUUGAAUUAUCAGUGAAAUACAAGUUUACAGCCUUCGACUCAACUAAAGUAUUCAAGCAGAUUCCCAAGUCAUGGAGAAACUUCGAAAACAUUGCUACCCAAAAACUUGACAGUGUGCAUCGAGCUCGAGAGUGCAGUGUUGAAAUUCUUGCAGCAAGAUAUACGCGUGCGGCUACAGAAACUGCAGAUUAUACAAUUCGUAAAAGUCAGAAACAAAUGUCGAGGAAAUGUUUCUGGAAGAAUUCAACCAUUGUGGCUCUUGACCGAAGGAUAAAUGCCUUGAGAAGAAGUAUCUCGGUAUGUUCUAACUCCGAGCGUCGUGACUCGCUGAGAAAACGGUUAACCGAGCUUCGUAGUGAGGUUUCUAGUCAUAUCAAAGAGGCGAAAUUAAAAUCGUGGAGAGACUAUACUAAACAACUUGAUGCUAGCAAAACAUGGGAUCCGGUCAACAAAUGGCUAAAGAACUCUUCUGUUAUACAGUCACAGUGUCUUACAGAUUCAGAAAACAAGUUCCUGUCUGCCGCAGAUUCAGGAAUGUUAUUAUUAAACACCUUCUUCCUGAUGAUACGGAACAUAACGAUUGUGCUCAACAUAUUGUAA